GAGCAAGAGGGCAGAGAAGCCCUGAAAAUAGCAGAAGCAAAGGAGCAACUGGUUAUUUAACCUGCUUUCCCCUGGCUUUUACCUCCACCCAAGCUGCCCAAAGCCUGUGUGAGGGCCACCGUACAAAGCAUGCUUGGGGCUCAGGCAUUCAUUCCUGAGCAUGGCCAGUUAAUGGGGAAGAGGAGAGGCUGAGCAGCCAGUCUUUGCAGCUUGCAUGCAGGAGAAGAGACUGAAAGCUCACAUCAAGAAAUCAUAGAAAUUACUGCUAGUGAGAUCAGUGUAAAAAAUCUCACUGUUUCCUUGGCCCCCAUGAAAAGAAUCAGAAUGCGCAGCCCUACUUAAGGAGCAAAAGUAGCAUGCUGUGUGAGCGGGAAGGAGACAGAGCAUGGAGGACAUGUGAUGAGACCUGGGCUCUUGGUUUCUGGAUGCAGAUUCACAGUGUUGGAGCUUGGACUCUCCCUAGCCAGUGCUGUUCCAGUCUUUCAUGAGGAUACUAGGACUGAUUCCUCUAGGUGUUUUUGAUAAAUGGACACUGACAUGGACUACGAAAGACCCAACGUUGAAACCAUAAAAUGUGUGGUGGUUGGCGAUAAUGCAGUGGGAAAGACUCGCUUAAUUUGCGCAAGGGCAUGCAAUACCACUUUGACACAGUAUCAGCUCCUGGCAACUCACGUACCAACUGUCUGGGCAAUUGAUCAGUAUCGUGUCUGCCAAGAGGUCCUUGAACGCUCCCGGGAUGUUGUUGAUGAAGUGAGCGUUUCUCUCAGACUCUGGGAUACUUUUGGUGACCAUCACAAAGACAGACGUUUUGCUUAUGGAAGGUCUGAUGUAGUUGUUCUGUGUUUUUCAAUUGCUAAUCCUAAUUCCUUGAAUCAUGUGAAAACAAUGUGGUUUCAAGAAAUCAAGCACUUUUGUCCUCGCACACCUGUUGUUUUGGUUGGCUGCCAACUGGAUCUUCGUUACGCUGAUCUUGAAGCUGUUAAUCGAGCCAGACGGCCUUUAGCAAGGCCUAUAAAAAGGGGAGAUAUUUUACCACCAGAAAGAGGCAGAGAGGUUGCCAAGGAGCUUGGGAUACCAUAUUAUGAAACUAGUGUAUUUGACCAGUUUGGAAUUAAGGAUGUUUUUGAUAAUGCAAUCAGAGCUGCACUAAUAUCCAGGAGACACCUGCAGUUCUGGAAAUCACAUUUAAAGAAGGUCCAAAAACCUUUACUUCAGGCUCCAUUCCUACCUCCAAAGGCACCUCCUCCAGUUAUUAAAAUCCCAGAGUGUCCUGUAACCAGUAUGAAUGAGGCUGGAUAUUUGUUAGACAAUCCAUUGUGUGCAGAUGUUAUGUUUGUUCUUCAGGAGCAGAAUCACAUUUUUGCUCACAAGAUUUACCUAGCUACCUCCUCUUCAAAGUUUUAUGACCUUUUUUUAAUGGAACGUGAAGAAUCUCCAGACUUCAGUGAAAUACAGUGUAGUACAGAUAAGACCAGUAGGGACUUCCUGUCUAGAACUAGUCAUCUUGAAACAGAUGAUGACAGUGAUGAAGCAAAUUUAAAAACUUUUGAUGCCAAACUUCCAAUACCAGAAAUUGAUGGGACUUUAAAGAUGCUAGAACUUGAAACUGAAGAAACUAGUUCUACAAGGAGAGCUUUGUCCUCCUUGGGUAAAGGGUUUGUUAGUAUGCAUAAGGAAAUACAAAUCAACCCUGUAUCUAAUAGGAAAUGUCCUGUAACUGUGGUCAAGAUGGAUUCCUCUGUUCAGCCUGGGCCUUUUAAAACUGUUUUACAAUUUCUAUAUGCUGGGCAACUGGAUGAAAGUGAAAAAGAUCUGACAAGAUUAGCACAGAUUGCUGAAAUCUUGGAAGUAUUUGACUUGCGGAUGAUGGUGGAAAAUAUUAUGAAUAAAGAAGCCUUCAUGAAUCAAGAGAUUACUAAAGCCUUUCAUGUCAGGAAAGCUAACCGGAUAAAAGAGUGUCUUUGCAAAGGUACAUUUUCUGAUGUUACAUUUAAGUUGGAUGAUGGAAGCAUAAAUGCCCACAAGCCACUGCUGAUUUGUAGCUGUGAAUGGAUGUCUGCUAUGUUUGGAGGAUCAUUUGUUGAAAGUUCAAACAGUGAGGUUGUUCUUCCCAACAUAAACAAGACUUCUAUGCAGGCAGUUCUGGAUUAUUUGUAUACCAAGCAAUUAUCAUCGAGUCAGGAGCUGGACAUGCUUGAAUUAAUUGCACUGGCAAACAGAUUUUGCCUCCCACACUUGGUUGCACUGGCAGAGCAGCAUGCUGUGCAGGAGCUGACUAAAGCCUCAGGGAAUGGCAUUGGCAUAGAUGGUGAAGUACUCUCCUAUUUGGAAUUGGCCCAGUUUCACAAUGCUAAUCAGCUGGCAGCGUGGUGCUUGCACUACAUCUGCACCAAUUACAACAAUGUUUGCUCCAAAUUCCGUAAAGAAAUAAAAGCUAAGUCUCCAGAUAAUCAGGAAUAUUUUGAGAGACAUCGCUGGCCUCCUGUAUGGUACUUAAAGGAAGAAGAUCACUACCAGCGUGUUAAAAAGGAAAGAGAAAAGGAAGAUAUUGCACUGAAUAAACAUCAUUCAAAACGGAAGUGGUGCUUCUGGAAUUCCUCUGCUAUAGUUGCCUGAGCAAAGCAAAUACAUGUAAACACUACAAUGGUGUAAUUAUAACACUGCUCUAAAAUUAGUCUUACGGUUAGAAAUAAGAUGUAGUUCAGGUUCCCGGCACUGAUUUUAUUCCAUGUUUUGCAUUUAUCAUUGUUAGGGUCAAAAGCACAAGCUCAGCUAUAGUGAGCCUGGAAUAGUUCCUUAAACUGAUGUGUGCAUUUUUCGUUAGUAAGCAAAAUAAACAUCUACCAUUAUUACAUCUCUUUUUAUACCAAAACAAAUCCAGCAUUAAUGUUUCAAACUCUAAAUUGGGAAAUAUUUUUAUACUGUCUUGUGUAUUUUGUUUAAAUAAAAAUUCUGGGUAUAACUUUAUUUCACAGACCACAAAAUAACCACAUAGCAGCUUUGUAAUUAGAUUUUAACUAUUUUUCUUAUGUGAGUACAGCGAAAUAUAAACUAACACCCCUUCUUAACAGAUAACCUUCUGUCUUAAGUGACCAGCUUAAAAGUACCCCGUGAAAAUUAUCAUCAUAGUAAUCAUCAGCUUCUACUAGGCAACCAGUUUUUGUCCCUACGUUCCAUGCACUCAUAACAUAAUUAGAUGGUUAUUUCUUCUUUCUAAAGUAAAGGAUUAUAAUAAGAUCAAAUAACUGCAAGUUAUAGAGCAUUUAAUCUUUGUUCAACUGAAUAAUAGGCAGUAUGAUUACCUGUUCAACUGCAGGAACAUGUAUUUCUAAUAUUUGCCAUGUAAGUGCAUAUAAUUAUGAUUAUAUGGGCCAUGUGAAAUCUAGUGAUUCUAAGUAUUCAGAGGUUUUAAAGGUCUAGAUUGAAGAGGAUAAUUUUAAAAUCAUUAGAAGGGCUUAUUAAUUUAAAUCUUUAUCCAGGGCAAACUCAGUAUGGAUCUGAACACAAAAAGCAGAUAUGCUGGUAGUCUUGGAAUUACUGUAUUAUAGUUGGUUACUCUUUGAGAGCCUAAUUCUGCAGUCAUUCCUCUUUCAAAACUCCUUUUUGCUUCUACAGGAGUUAUGCAAAUGAAAGGCUGCACAAACAAGUAGAUACAUUCCUCUAUUGUUGCUGUAGCAUCUUGCAAAUGAAGAAUCAUAUUUUAAAUUAGAUUACAUUCCUUCUGGAAGCAGAUAUUUCAAGAAAGCACAAAACUGCAGGCUCAGUGAAUAAAAAUCUCCGCAUUGUUUAAAUAGUAGGAGGGGGAAAAAAAUCCAGUGUUUUGAAAUUUCCUUUGGGUUUAUGAUUUUCUAAUGACUGUCACUCUGAACUUACAGUGUUGCAUUAGAAAAAUAUAAGGCUGGGGUUGCUUUGAAAAGACCAAACUACAACACUUCUAAAAUUAUACUAUAAAGCAUAUGCAGGCCUAUGAAGUGUCUCAGGCACAUUUCUGUAAUUGAGGUAGUAUUAUGUUAUCAGUUUUGUUAAUGCUGUUUUCUGCAGGCAGCUCAGCAUACUAAUGUGAAAAGCUUUUUAUUUUUAUUUUUCCUGUAUUCAUAGACAAGGCAGUAAGUUCAAACCCCAGUGCUGAGAGUCAGGAAAGGUUUCAGACUGAAAGCCAUACACACUUCCAAAUACUCAGCUUCAAGUCAGAGCUUGUUCUUGGGAGAUGCCGCCCUAGGGUGGUAGAAGCUGCUUAGCAUGGGUGCUGAAGAGACUCCUGUAAAGAAAACAGGUGACAGACUCCAUCACCUACAAGAUUUAUCACUGUACAGUGAUAAAGAAGGGCUAUAGAGAAAGGAUGGCUGCAAGUGUAUCCGCAUUAAUUCCUGGCCAGUAGUAUUGUAAAUUUGGAAGGGAUGAAAAAAUGAGAGAAUAAAUAUCAAGACUGGGAUGGAAUUAACAUUUGUUCAGUCAUAAAAUGUUAACAGAUCAUGUUUAAUAAGUAUUGCUACUAGGUUUUACAUAACCAAAGCUACUGUAUGAUUGUAAUUUUGCCAAACUGUAAUGGAUAGAUAAACGAACCUGGGGGUAUAUGCAAUAAUAUCCAGUUGUAUUAGUUAUCAGCUACUAUAACCAAGUGGCUGGUUCAUUUGGUUAAUGCUGUCUAUGGCCUUUAAUCUUGGUGGUUAUUUGUGUUUUUUAUUUUGAAAAAAAAAAGUCAAUAAAACUGUUUAGUUAUAAAA